UGUGUGUGUGUGUGAGUGUGGACUAGAUCUAUCGCUCCGGACUCGCAACGCAGUGCGAAAAAAAGAAAACCAAAAAAUGUAAACACCGUGAUUCAGUGUCUCGGAACGCCCUCGCAUUUCAUUAUAAUUCAUAUUUCUGCUUUAUUUCGGACCAGAUAUACCGUCGCGGUGUUUAUGCAGUACAGCAGACGCGUUUGUGAAUCGCUCUGCAGUUUCUCGCUGUUUUUGUGGGGGGUGGGUGGUGGUUUGGGUUAUUAUUUUAUUUAUUUAUUUGUAUUUUUUUUUUUUUUUUUUUUUGCACAAUGGCAAGUCGGAAACACAAAGACACUCAAGAGGUUUUUGGUAAGAAGGUCCGGGAGCUGGCUAAAUGCACCUUCAACAGACAGUGCUGUGAAUGCGAGCAGCCCGGGGUCACGUACGUGGAUAUCACCGUGGGGAAUUUCGUCUGCACGUCCUGCUCCGGGAUACUGAGAGGUCUCAACCCACCUCAUCGAGUCAAAUCCAUCUCCAUGACAACCUUCUCACAGCAGGAAGUAGAGUUCCUGCAGUCCCAUGGAAACGAGUUUUGCAGCCGGCUUUGGCUUGGCAAAUUCGAUCGCCAUUCCGAGAUCAUUCCUGAUUCCCGGGACCCACGGAGACUGAAGGAAUUCAUCCAGGAGAAAUAUGAAAAGAAGAAAUGGGCUGUCUCUCAGGAGCAGGCCAGGGCAGGGACUAGGACCCCUGCGGAUACCGGCGCGAUCUGGAGCCCCGCCCCCACAGGCAAGACCCUCCCCUCGCCCCAGGGUAGCUCCGCCCCUGCUUUGUCAACUAGCAGACCCACCCUUCUCCAGUCUGUGUCUCUGAGUCAACCCCAGCUGUCUCGCUCCUGGCAAAGAGCGCCCCCUGGCUCCCUGACUGACCUCAGAACUGACGCCAUCACUGCCACCCUGCCCCGCCCACAUAGCUACGGAGCUCCGCCCACAAACACAGGCCAUCGCAGUCCUUCCCUCCCCGGCUUCGACAGCCGCAGCUCAGGCCCCGCUACUCAGGGAGUGCCCUCCCCAACAGGGGGCGCCAUCUUCCCUGCCCUGCCCCGACCCACAGGUCGUAGCUCCUCCUCUUCCUCCUCUCCUGGCUCCGCCCACUUCCCCGGCUUCAGCAAGUCCUCCAGCGUGGACUUGGGAGGAAUGGGCCCUUCCCAGCAUGCCUCGCCAAGCCCCGCCCCUUUGUGGGAUAAGUACGCCCCACUGACAGAGUUGGAGAAUGUCUUCGCUACACCCCCACCUGGUUCAGUGCCACCUAGUGGAAUGUCUGAGUUUGGCAGCAUAUUUAGAAGCUGGAUGCCUUCAAGCACCAGCAGCUCUCCUGGAGUUUCUCACAGUGUCACCAGCGAUCAGUCUGCAUUCCCAGCUUUCUCGAAUCCUUUUGGGGAUGCGCCAAGCCCCCAGCAGUCUCUGUCUUCCACCAACCCCUUUCACAAGGGCAGUGCGGCCGCAGGUUUUGCCGCCUUUCCUGUACCUAAAUCAAUGCCCAGACCAACAGGACAGCCUGUCUCAAAUAACCCCUUUACUGGCGGGAUGUUCCAGUCUGGAAGUUCCUUCACAAACCCAUUCCUCUGAACACGAGGCCCUUCAGCCUCCCAGUUUCCUAGCUAGCCUCCCUGCCUUGGGAGGGGGGGUCCAGGCAGCCGGAGCCUAGCAGUCUCCAAUCAGGGUCCAAUCAUAAAGGAUAUAACUUUUUUUUAAGAUUUGAUUUAAGGCAAAACUAAUACCGGUUUACAGAAACCACCUAUAAUAUUUAAAGUGCUGAUAGCUAACCAAAAAAUUAAAACAUUACAAAAUUAAUCUGACCUGUUUUUGUGCUUCCAUUGGCUACAUAGGUCUCAAAUGUGCAGUUUUGAAAGAAACACAUUGCAAACAGUUUUUUUUUUAUUUUAUUUUGUCCGGUACUGUGUUCGAUUGAACAGAAUCUAUUACUCGCGCGCCCUCCCAGGUCAUCUGUUGACUGGCUGAAAACACAUCAAUCAUUUGCUGGUUGGCCAAUGACAGAACAGAAGCUCUAAAAGGGGCGGGGACAAUUUCACCCUCCAGAUGACCAAGGAAGUGCAACGCUAACCGAAAAACAGGGCAUGCAAACUGAGAUUUCUUCAAACUAGAUAUGUGUUUCUUUCAAAACUCCACAUUUGAGACCUGUCUAAUGGACUGGCUUUGCAAAGCAUGGCGGAUUUCUGGAAUUGUAAUGUUAGCUAUGAACCACUUUGUAGCAGUUUAUUAUUUUUCAAAUCCAUUUUCUUACCCCUGCACAUUUAGUGCUUGUAAUAUUUUAACGCCACACAUAAGGCAUAGCUGCUUUCCUUCCUGUUAUCUUAUCAGUAGGACUGUGUUUUUUUCAUGGCAUUACAGUUUAUAAAAAUAUAGCUAUUUUAAGAUUACAUCAGGAGUUCGAUAAAGGUAUUUUAAGUUUUACUCUAAAAAAAUAAAACCUACAAGUUUGAUGAAUUUUUUUUUUUUUUAAAUUCCAGCCUUCGUGCCACACAAGCACAUGCAUGUAUCAGAAUGGAAGCCUGAAAUGGAAAGUUGUUUUUGAGUUUUUAAUAACGAUUUGAGUUGCAUGCUUCAGUUAUAUGUAAGUAAAUAUAUAUGAUGUAAAUUAGAAAUAAUAAAAACUGAUAUAUCGCCAAGCAAACUGAUUUAUGUGCAUU